AUGGCUUUGAUGGUGGUCAAGUUUGAUCUGAAGAAGCGAGUGAAGCUUGCCCAGACGGUCUGGUUCAUGUACUGGUUCGCUGUAAUGGCUGGCGUGCUGGUUUUCAGCAUGGGCCUGUUCUUUAAGAUCGAGCUGCGAAAGCGCUCAGAACUUAUGGACAACAAUGAGAGCCACUUCUUGCCCAACCUGCUUAUAUUUAUGGGUCUAAUAGCCUGUGGGAUCAACGCCUUUGGGGGCAAAGUCUGUUACGAUUCGUUGGACCCUACCAAGUUUGUAAAGUGGAAGUCUUUGUUGAAGACCUUCUUGGUGGUCUGCAUGGUGUUUAACGCGCUGCUGCUUGUGACGGCCCUACUGUGUUUCCUGAUGAGAAUCCCUCUGCAGUUCACCCUGUCUGAGGGGCUGAGGAACGGCAUGAAGUACUACAAGGACACAGAUACACCGGGGCGCUGCUACAUGAAGAGGACCCUGGACCUGAUGCAGAUGGAGUUUCGUUGCUGCGGAAAUGACAACUACAGAGAUUGGUUUGAGAUCCAGUGGGUUAGCAACCGCUACCUGGACUUCAGCUCAAAGGAAGUCAAAGACCGCAUUGGGAGCAACGUGGAUGGCCAGUAUCUAAUGGAUGGAGUCCCAUUCAGCUGCUGCAACCCCAGCUCCCCCAGACCCUGCAUCCAGUUCCAGAUGACCAACAACUCUGCCCACUACAGCUACGACCACUACACAGAGGAGCUCAAUGUGUGGAAGCCCGGCUGCCGUGAAGCCCUGCUGUCCUACUAUGGAGGCCUGAUGAACACCAUUGGAGCCAUGGUGGUGCUGGUCACUAUGCUGGAG